AUGAUACCGCGGUCGCAUCACGUGCCCGGUCCGCGCGCGUCCAGGUCAGGACGCUGCUGGUCGGUGCGCUGGCGGCUCGGACUCCUCAUGGCAGUGCCCGUCGUAUUCCUCUUCAUGACGACGUCAUCCCUCCCAGAGCUCACCGGGCCGCACCACGGCUCGCACGGGCGCCACGGAACGCACUCGCACCUGCACGGGAAGCAUAAGCUCAGCUUCGGCGACGGGCACGUCCGCGCCCACGGCGCGAAACACCGCCACAGCCUGCGGCCAGUGGGCGAUGACGUGGCGGACCAGGAGCCCGCCGGACCCGACGAAUCCGACGACGGCAGUCACCACGGGCUCAUCGCGGACAUCAUCGCGUCCGGCGAGCACAUCCUCGACGAGUUCCUGCACCACGGCCCCGACGGCGGCGGCGGCGGGCCCAGUGCGGCGCACCACGAGGCGCGGCAUCGGCACGGCGGCGACGACUUCGGCGGCGAGGACGACGACCUCGACGACGUGAUCGACGCCGGCGACAUCGAUUUCCGCGUCGCCGCGGGGGCGGCCCGGGGCGGCGGCGGGCACGGCGAUUUCGACGAGUAUGACGCCAGCUUCGUCAGGGGCGACGCGAGGCAGGCGCCGGCCGAGGACGAGCGCAGGGGGGCGUCGGCGGUGCAUGUGGAGCUGGUGCUGGACGGGGAGGCGAAGCCGGCGCCGCGCGCCGCCACGAGCGGCGACUGGCCCCCCGGGACCCACGUGGUGCUGAAGCUGUUCUACGACUGCAUGUCGCCCGCGAGCCUGAUGGCCGUCGGCGGCAGCACGGGCGCGUGCGAGAUCCGCGAGCACGGGCAGCGGAAGAUGCGCGUCCCGUCGGCGUCCUCGGUGUGGGCGGAGUUUGCAGACUGGGUCACGACGCAGGAGGAGAUCCCGGGAGCUGUGUUCGGCGCGGUGGCGCUGAACGCCCGCGGCAAGGGCGUGCAGAACCAGCUGGAGAAACUGCGCAUCGAUGCGCUGCCGAUGCUCGUCGCCGAGGCCGGCGGGCGCGUGCUCGUGAAGCAAGACCUCCUCGUGAUCUUCGGGACGGAGCCGCGCAACCAGCGGCUCGAGAUUUUGAAAAGCUGGCUGCGCAACCUGCGGCCCGAUGGCUCCGUCGGGGGCUGA